AUGCGGCACGUGGCGCUGGGAGUGGCGGCAUCUCUGGGUGCGUACCAGCGGGGCCGGUGCCGCUGCGAGGAAUGGGCCACCUGGAGUCCGGGCCCCUUCAGGCCCAAGGGCUUCCAGGCUGCAAGACCCUCGCGGCCUCGAGUGACGCGCGCCCCGACCGGGAUUGAUGAAGUGGAGGCCUUUGUUCAACAGGGCCCGCUGUAUCGGGAGCUUCUGCUCAGCUGCGCGCCUCCGAGCCACGAGUGGCUGGAGAAGGGCCAGGCUCUGGCAGCUUCGCUGGGUCCGAUGGACUGGCAGGUUGCCCGGCGCAUCUACCACUUGUACCUGCCGCUGUAUUUCUGGAUGCGGCAUCAACUGCAUGAGAUCCGCGGCAGGCAAGGCGGCGCCGUGGUCUUCGGCUUCACCGCGCCGCAGGGCUGUGGGAAGACCACUACCAUGAACAUUCUCCAGGAGCUUUUCUGUUUGGAGGGACUUCGCUGUGAGGCGGUGUCGAUUGACGACUUCUACGUGCCUGCAAGUUGGCAGGAGGUGCUGGCAGAGUUGCAUCCAGACAACGAUUUGAUGCAGACCCGUGGCAACGCCGGAACCCAUGACGUGCGGCUGGGUGCAGAGACGCUGCAGGCUCUGAAGAGUUCAGACGACACGGAGGUCCUGCUGCCGCGGUAUGACAAGUCCGCCCAAGGUGGAAGAGGUGACCAGGUGCCGAGGUCGUCUUGGAAGGGUGUUCAAACACCUUGUGACGUGGUGAUCUUGGAGGGAUGGAUGGUGGGGUUCAAGCCCCAGGAAGACGCUGCCAAGAUCCAUCCAGGACUUCGACUGGUCAACGACAAGCUCAAGUCUUAUCAGGCUUGGGAUGACCUGCUGGACGCCUACUGCGUGCUAGCAGUGGACGACAUUGAGCAGGUAUACACCUGGCGGACCGAGGCGGAAGACUCCAUGAAGAACACGAGAGGUACAGGGAUGAGCCACACGGAGGUGCGGGACUUUGUCAGCCACUUCAUGCCAGCCUACCAUGCUUAUAGACCGCAGCUUUAUGCGGAAGCCGAAAGAGGCGUAGACGGCAAGCCGACCUUGGUUUGCCACAUCGGCCCAGACCGAUUGCCCUAUGAAAGCUUGUGA